AUGCAUCCCAAGAAAAUCGAUCUUUUCCAAGGAUGGCCCACGUCAUCGAUGCUCCCAGUCAAGCGCCUUAAACAAGCCGCCAACGCCGCCCUCUCGAACAAAGCCAUCUUCGAAACAGGACUGGAAUACGGCCCUGAUGAAGGCCAUUACCCCCUAAGAAAGAACAUAGCCCACUGGCUUUCAAAUUUCUAUAUACCCGCACAGCCCGUCACCGCAGACCGGAUAUGCAUCACAGGCGGCGCGAGCCAGAAUCUCGCUUGUGUGCUGCAGGUAUUUACAGAUCCCGCUCAGACACGCAUGGUCUGGCUCGUGGAGCCGACGUAUCAUCUUGGGUUUCGAAUUUUCGAGGACGCAGGGUUCGCUGGAAGGUUGAGGGGAAUACCCGAGGACGGGGAUGGGAUGGAUGUUGCCGCGCUGGAGCUUGCGUUGGAGGCUUUUGAGCGUAGCGAAAAAUUGACUCAGGAGGGCUUGGUAUGUGCUUGCAUUGUUGCGUCUGUUUGUGUAUGCCCGCUGACAACGAACAAGGUAUACAAACCCGACAGCCUGUAUGGGAAGAUAUACAAACAUGUCAUAUAUUGUGUUCCGAGCUUCGCCAAUCCAUCGGGAACGACGAUGCCGCGCGCGCGACGAGAGGCCCUUGUCAGGGUUGCUCGGAGGUUCGACGCUCUUGUCGUUGCUGAUGAUGUAUAUGAUUUUCUUGGCUGGGGCACGGCGCAUUCCGAGUCGGUCUCUAGACCUCCCCCGCGUCUGGUGGAUAUAGAUCGGGUUCUCGAUGGCGGUCCGCAAGACCGAUUUGGAAAUGUCGUCAGCAAUGGGUCUUUUAGUAAACUUAUUGGUCCGGGGUGUCGUGUUGGGUGGGCUGAAGGGACGGAUGGUUUUAUUCGCGGUCUUUCUCGGGCUGGUUCCACGCGAUCUGGUGGUGCCCCUUCACAGCUAAUGUCGACUAUCGUCAACGAGUUACUGGAAGAUAACUUCUUGCCAGGGUAUAUCGCCGGAUGUCUAGUCCCUGAAGGACGAAAAAGGCAUAUGUGUCUGGCAUCUGCAAUCAAAGAACAUCUCUCCCAGUUCGAUGUGUCAUUUACUCCUGAUCCGGUGACCAGUCCGCUGGCGGGUGGAUACUAUAUUUGGGUUAUGCUCCCGGACGCAUUGACCGCAGCCCAGGUGUGUGAACAGGCUCUCAAAACACGCAACCUAGUGCUUGGUAGUGGUGAGACAUUUGCUGUUCCCGGGAGGGGAGGGGGAGGGGAUUUGCAUCGCAGACUGAGAUUGUGUUUCAUGUGGGAGGAUGAAGGGCGGCUGGUUGAGGGGGUGGAGAGGUUGGGGGUUGUCAUUCGCGAAAUACUGGCAGGCAAAUAG